GUUUUUGCUCCUCAGCUGCACCCCAUCCCCGCCACCAUGGCCCUGAACUUCGUCCUCCCCAGCGCCACGGCCCCCGCCACGGCGGUCACCGCCUCCCCCGCGACCUCCGCGCGCCCUGCCGCGACGGCCACGACGUCGACGUCGUCGCAGACCGCGACGCUGGGCGCCGUGGCAGCAGUGGCUGGCCUGGCGAUGCGGAAGAGGAACCGCAGCAAGAUUUCUCGCAACUUCUCGCUGCAGAUGCCGGCGCUCCCGGCCAUGCCCUUUAUGGUUCCCCCCAAGAAGACGGUGGUCAUCACCGGCGCCUCCAGCGGCCUGGGCCUGGCGGCGGCCAAAGCCUUGGCGGAGCAGGGAUGGCAGGUGGUCAUGGCUUGCCGCGACUUUCAGAAGGCUGAAAAGGCGGCCAAAGAAGCUGGCAUGGACCCGGAGAACUAUCAGGUGAUGCACUGCGAUUUGGCCAGCAAGCAGAGCGUACGGAAUUUUGUGCAAACCUUCCGCACGCAGUAUCAGUCCUUGGAUGCCUUGGUCUGCAACGCGGCGGUCUAUUUCCCCAACGCGCACAAGGAGGGCGUCUUCCUGCCGGGCCUCUUCCCCGGUGGCGGACCCCGCUGGAGCGCCGAAGGUCACGAAAUGAGUUUUGCGGCGAACUACUUGGGCCACUUCUUGCUGUGUAACCUGCUACUGGAGGACCUGAAGAAGAGCGCUCCUCGCGGCACCGCGCGAUGCGUCAUCCUGGGCACUGUGACGGCCACGGUGAACGGCUCGGAGCUGGGCGGGAUGAUCCCGCCGCUGGCGCACGUAGGAAACUUUGAGGGCUUGGAGCAGGGCAUGAAGGCGCCAGUGACCAUGCUGGAUGGUGGGGCCUUCGAUGGUGCCAAGGCCUACAAAGACAGCAAGGUCUGUGACGUGAUGUUGAUGAAGGAGCUGCACCGUCGUUUCCACAAGGAAACUGGCAUUGUCUUUACGUCGUUGUAUCCAGGCUGCAUCGCAGAAACGGGACUUUUCCGUGAGCACUAUCCGGUCUUCCAAAAUCUCUUCCCCGCGUUCCACAAGACGGUCACCAAGGCCUAUGUGAGCCAAGAGGAAGCCGGAAAACGUUUGGCCGCCGUGGUUGCCGACGACCGCUAUGGCACCAGCGGCAGCUACUAUUCCUGGGAGGGCGAGGCCGGGACCGGCGGCGGCGGUGGCCAAGAUGCCGUGAGCAACACGGAUAAGGACUUCGAUUGGUUCAUGAACUACGGCAGCUUCCGCACCCUAAGCAUCGACGAGAUCGGCGGAGAAGCGGGCGACGACCAGCGCUGCAGCAAGCUCUGGGAACUUUCGGAGAAGUUGGUGGCAUGAGCAGACAUCCAGGCGCACGGCGCAAGAUACGCCGGCCUGCUUGGAAAGAUGGAAUGGGUGUUUAGCGAAAUAAUUGGGUCGUGGGGUGUCGUAUGUUCUCGUGAGCUCUCUAAGGAAC